GGGAGCCUGGGCAGUAGUAGCAGCAGCAACAGCAGCAGCAGCAGUGGCAGCAACAGCAGAGGCAAUGGUGGUGCAGCCACAGAUCCUGGAGUGCAGCGGUCGUUCAGCCAGGUCCCAUUACCUACCUUCUCCCCCUCAACUGCCUCCCCUCAGGCUCUAGCCUUGCAGGUCAAAGUCUCUCCUACCCCACCCAGGGCAACCCCUGUUCUCCAGCCUAGACCCCAGCCCCAGCCGCAGCCCCAGCCUUCAGCUCAGCUUCAGCAACAGACGGUAAUGAUCACCCCGACAUUCAGCACUGCUCCACAGACAAGGAUCAUCCAGCAGCCUUUGAUAUACCAGAACGCAGCAACCAGCUUCCAAG